AUGCCUGACAUAUCACCUGAUAUCAUCUCCCAUAAGCUAAGCAUUAAUUUUGUCAUCCGACCCGUUCGGCAGAAACGUCGUGUCUAUGACCCGGAGAGGUAUGAGGCCAUGAAGGCGAAGAUGGAUAAGUUGAGUAACAUUGGAUUCAUCAAAGAGGUAGACUACCCCUCCUGGCUAGCCAAUGUGGUGAUGGUCCAUAAACUUAAGAAAGGCUGGCGCAUGUGCAUGGACUACCCUAACCUCAAUCGAGCUUGUCCGAAGGAUAGCUUCCCUUUACCACGAAUCGACCAGCUUGUUGACGCCACAGCUGGCCACGCCCUCCUCAACUUCAUGGAUGCUUACUCGGGGUACAACCAGAUCUUCAUGCACCAUGAUGACCAAGCCCAUACAUCCUUCAUCACUGACCAUGGCCUUUACUGCUACAAAGUUAUGCCAUUCGGCCUCAAGAACGCCAAGGCUACGUAUCAGCGUCUGGUGAACAGCAUCUUCGCCCCACUAAUUGGCAGCACCAUGGAAGUUUAUGUUGAUGACAUGCUAGUCAAGAGUCGCACUGCUGGCUAG